AUGGACCUCUCCCUGCGGCUGCUCCUGGCGUCCUGCCUCUCGCUGGGGGCGGCCGGGGAAUUUGACAGAAGGUGGCCCAGACAAAUGGUGCCGUCUGCAGGACUGUGUCGCUUCGGAAGCAGAAUUGACUGUUGCUGGGGCUGGGCCCGGGUGGCCUGGGGACAGUGCCAACCGUUCUACGUCUUAAGGCAGAGAAUAGCCAGCGUAAGGUGCCAGCCCAAAGCUAUAUGCCAGCCAGGGUGCAAACAUGGUGAAUGCAUUGGGCCAAACAAGUGUAAGUGCCACCCAGGAUACACUGGAAAAACCUGCAACCAAGAUCUGAAUGAGUGCGGACUAAAGCCGCGGCCGUGCAAGCACCGCUGUAUGAACACCUACGGCAGCUACAAGUGCUACUGCCUGAACGGCUACAUGCUCAUGCCAGAUGGAACCUGCUCAAAUGCCCUUUCUUGCCUGAUGGCAAACUGUCAGUAUGGCUGUGACGUGCUGAAAGGGGAGGUGCGCUGCCGCUGUCCUUCUCCGGGGCUGCAGCUUGGGCCUGAUGGCAGGACUUGUGUAGAUAUUGAUGAAUGUGCUACUGGGAGGGUUCUCUGCCCACGAUUCAGGCACUGUGUCAAUACCUUCGGGAGCUACAUUUGCAGGUGUCAUAAAGGCUUUGACCUGAUGUACAUUGGAGGCAAAUACCAGUGCCAUGAUAUAGAUGAGUGUGCUCUUGGCCACCACCAGUGUGGUAGCUUUUCACACUGCUACAACACUCCAGGAUCCUACAAAUGCAAAUGUAAAGAAGGGUACAGAGACAAUGGAACAAACUGCAUACAAAGGCCAGUGACCAGGCCAACAGCUCGUCCUACACCUGUGCCAACAGCUCGUCCUACACUUGUGCCAACAGCUCGUCCUACACCUGGGCCAACUCAGCCUGCACCCAGGACAACUCGACUGACACCGAAGCCAGCCACAAGAUUUGUGCCAGUGACAACAAGGCCAGUCACAACACCAGUGGUGAAGCCUCCACCUCCAACAACACCUCAGCCUACAACAGUAACACCUACACUACCACCACAAACAACUCUUCUGGCAACAACUGAAGAGCCUGCACAUGUUCCCAUUGAAACUACAACUUCCCAAGGAGUUAUAGAUGACAACAGGAUCCAGCCAGAUCCUCAGAAACCCCGAGGAGAUGUGUUCAUUCCACGCCAGCCUGGAGUUAGCAAUAAUCUGUUUGAAAUACUUGAAAUUGAACGAGGGAUUACAGCUGAUGAAUUUGAAGCAAACGAUGACCCAGGUGUGCUGGUGCACAGCUGUGAUUUUGACAGUGGACUGUGUGGAUGGAUCAAGGACAAAGAUGAUGACGUGCACUGGGAACCAGUGAGAGAUGUUUCUGGGGGACAGUACCUCACCAUCUCUGAUCCCAAAGGGAAAGAAGGAAGAGUGGCACAUCUUAUCCUGCCCUUGGGCCACUUGGCUCAGGCUGGAGAUUUGUGCCUGUCCUUCAGGCAUAAAGUGCCUGGGCUGCACUCUGGUGCCCUGCAGCUCUUUGUGAGGAGAACUGGUGCUCAUGGCCCAGCUGUCUGGGGGAGAAAUGGGGGCCAUGGCUGGAGACAGACACACAUAACCUUACCAGGAGCAGGCAUCAAGAGUGUUAUUUUCAGAGGCGAGAAAGGGAGAGGAAGAACUGGGGAUAUUGGACUAGAUGAUGUGGUCUUGAGGAGAGGACGCUGCUCUGAAGAGCAUUAGCCAAGACAAUGAACCAGCAGUCAUCUCCUCUUGCCCUUCUCAUGCAAUUCCUACAAAACUUUGAAGCAGAACUGCAUGGAAAAGAAGAAAAAGUGGGAGAGCAACAACUUCUUAGUGGUCUGCUAAGUGCAAUCUCAUGGAAAUUUCACUUAAAUACAUGGAGAGCACCUCCCAGGAUUGAGGAAAUCCAAUCUCAGGCUGGUUCUUUCUGUUAAUCCUUACCCCUAAAUCAUAUAUUGUAUGUAAUAGCUUUGUUUCCUGUUAAGUCUGGUGAGUGCCAACAGAAGGAGCACUUGUGAAAAAGGGAGAAUUAAUUACAAAUGGUAGCAAAAGAAAGCUCUAUCUCACAGUUUGUGUUAACUGACAGCUAUUAUCAUCCCAUACUGCUCUCUUUCAUUGAUUAAUUUGUGUGAGUCACAAAUUGGAUUUAUGAAAGCCUGGACCUGAGCUAUGGCUUACUGCCACUGACCUUUGAAGAAAGGUUCUCAUAUAUGAAAUAGCAUUUAUUUUGCUGUUGCAUCUGUAUUAACCAAAACCAGUUAGAGAGAGUAGGCAUUGCAUCCUGUAAUAUUGCUACUGCUGUGUUUUGUGUAUAUGUGUAUGGUUGACAUAUUUAUGUUUUUUAGUAUUUACAGACUGUAGUUGCAGGGUAAUUGGCAGCUGUACUUUGUUUUUGUACAAGACAAGAGUUCAGCAUCUUCUUCAAUACUGCUGGUCAUGCCAAAUUAUCAAAGUCAGUUAAUGGUGCUCAUUGAAAAGUGCUGGUGCAGUUUUUCAUGUUGUAAGGUCCUGAAGGCAAAAGACCAAACACUCACCUGAUGGAAACUGGCAUCUGAAAAUGCUCUACAAGUUGGCACAGAGCUCACAAGCAAGCCCUAAAGGGCUCUCAGUCCUGCAAGGUUCAGCUGAAGCAGCCAGGAGCAGAUGAACUUAGAUCUUGUAAGGUUGAGCCCAUUGACAGUGCCAGGAAUGGUCCCUCCCACAGGUGGCACAAGCCCUCAUGAGGAAAAGGGGCAGCUGUGUUAAUGCUCUACAAACCAUUCAGACCUGAAAAGCCUCCAGUGCUCUUUGGCAAAUGUCCAUACUCUGCCCAAACUUCUGUAUAUAACAAGCAUUUUAUUCUUUAGAACAACUAUUAGCUCUAGUGGGAACU